CCGGGCGCGAGGGGAAUGAGGCGAAGCUACGCAGGGCGAGGGUAUCUGUCUGUGCGUGCGUACUCCCCGAGCGCCCGCGCUGCGCCCCCUGAGAGCUGGGCGCAGGCAAGCGCAUGCGACCUAGGUGAAAGGCGCCCGUUGGCAAGCGUCGGGCCCGACUACGCAUCCGGGAAGCUGGACGAGGACUCCACCAAUCUGGGCGUGUGGCGCAUGCGCACUCUCCGCUCGGCUGUACUGCGUGGCCAAGAAGACCGACGCAGGGCGGACGUCACCGCGCACGCGCGCUCUGCGCCAGGCCGUACUGCGUCACCUGGGAGCGAGGCGCCUGCGCGCGCAUGCGCGCCGGGCGAAGGGCGUGAGAUGGCGGGUGUCGGGGCCCGAGGACGGUUGGUGAUGGGUUGGCCGGUGCUGCUGCUGCUCGCGUUGUGCGCGGCGGGCGCCCGGGGCCUCUAUUUCCAUAUCGGCGAGACCGAGAAGCGCUGCUUCAUCGAGGAAAUCCCCGACGAGACCAUGGUCAUCGGGAACUACCGCACCCAGAUGUGGGAUAAGCAGAAGGAGGUCUUCCUGCCCUCGACCCCCGGCCUGGGCAUGCACGUGGAGGUGAAGGACCCUGAAGGCAAGGUGGUGCUCUCCCGACAGUACGGCUCAGAGGGACGCUUCACCUUUACUUCCCACACUCCUGGUGAACAUCAGAUUUGCCUGCACUCCAACUCUACCAGGAUGGCUCUCUUCGCUGGUGGCAGGCUGCGUGUGCACCUAGACAUCCAGGUUGGGGAGCAUGCCAACAACUACCCUGAGAUCGCUGCCAAGGAUAAACUGACAGAGCUGCAGCUCCGAGCCCGCCAGUUGCUUGAUCAGGUGGAACAGAUCCAGAAAGAACAGGAUUACCAAAGGUAUCGUGAAGAACGCUUCCGUCUGACCAGUGAGAGCACCAACCAGAGAGUCCUGUGGUGGUCCAUUGCUCAGACUGUCAUCCUCAUCCUCACUGGCAUCUGGCAGAUGCGUCACCUCAAGAGCUUCUUUGAAGCCAAGAAGCUGGUGUAGUGUCCUCUCCGAAUGACCCUUCCCUCUCCAACUAUUUGGUACUUUCCCCACCCAAUAAUACCUUAUCCACCUGGAUUUUGAGGGAAAAAAAUGAAAAAAGAACAUAAGCCACACUGGUUCCAUGGCGGCAAAGCAUUCAGAUCAGCCACUUGUUAACACUGGUUCUCAAGGACACAAGACAUUGGUCCAAACUUUCAAAGAUCUGUUUUGAGAUGUGGGCGGAGUUGGAACUGACCCAGGACUCAGUCUUCUUUCACCUCCAGGGAUUCCCCUCUAUCCUGUCACAAAACGAGCAAAUGAAAAAUCUCUCCGACUCCUUUAACUUCCCCCUCUGUCUGCUUACACAGUAGGCGACUGAAAUGCCCCACCCAGGAGGCCCCGCCUCAUUGCUCUCCGCAUCAGUCCUGGGUUCACUCAGUGGCUUUGUGAAUGUAAAUAAGGGGCAGGUCUUGGCCCCAGAGAAUUGAAAUGUUUUUUCUAUGUAUUAGAACUAUUUUUUGAUAAAUUAUAUAUUUUCCUUCCUAGUUGAAGUGUUCCUGCCUGUGUGUGACUAGAUGAAAACAUCAGGGCGGUCCCCUCUGCAUUCUGUUUAGACACACAUUUUUGAUAACUACCAUGGCAACUCUCAGGAUGUCAGCGGUGUGUGGGCCAGAUAGCAGACGUCACUGCUGCUCUCAGGGCCUUAUCAGAGGGCCAAGCAGAGAAUUCUGAGACACCUGUGACUUCCGUGACACAGGACCUCAGAGUCCAAGCAAGGUAGUGGCAGAGCUGGCACGGGCAGGGCACUCUUACUCUCCCUCUCCCCUUUACCUUUAUUUAAGCUGUUGUAAAUGUUUUCCUCAUGGGAACCAGAUUUGGUUCUUUAUACAGGUUUUUCCAGUGAAAUAAAAGGUGUUGUAGUAA